GGGCUACCACUGCACAUACAUGAUGGAUCAAGGCACCCAUGAACAUGGGCCCAUCCACUGGGAGGCGGCCCCAGGAACGGACGGCCACAUCCCCAUCCUGGACUUCUCCUCCUACAGUCUACUGAAAGGUGCUGUGGAUGAGGACGAGCUGCAGCCGCUGGCUACACAGCUGAUCCAGGCCUUCUCCACUGUGGGGUUUGUUUACCUGCGUAACCACGGGAUACCAUCAGCUCUAAUCUCAAGGACCUUCGAGACAGCAGACAAGUUCUUUUCUUUACCAAAAGAAGUGAAGACGAAGUACUCCCGCCCAGUAGACAAGGGCCAUGGAUGGGUCUGCUUGGAAAGAGAGAGGUUGAAUUUAGAACGGCCUGGAGACCUAAAAGAAGCUUUCAAUGUGAGGCCUCCACAUGCCACAGACAAGUUGUGGCCGAGCCAGGAGAUGCCAGAGUUCCAGCAAGUGACCCUACAAAUGUUUGACAAAAGUCGUCAGCUCAGUCUCAGGAUAAUAGAGCUGAUGGGCAGGGGACUCAAUAUUCAGGAUAUGCCAAGCCUGUUGUCGAUGCACAGUAUGAUGGGAACAGGGCCCAACGGGAGUGUGAUGCGCACCUUGCGGUACCCGCCAGUGUCUGCACACGUAAAGGCUGGACAGAUCAGGUGUGGGGAACACACCGACUAUGGCUCCAUCACUCUGGUGUUUCAGGACAACGUAUCAGGUCUAGAGGUGUGCAGAAUUGUGAAGGAAAUUGUCCCUGCCUCUCCUAUCCCCAACACCGUGGUGGUCAAUAUUGGAGACCUCAUGCAACGCUGGACUGGAGACAAGCUGAAGUCGACGAGCCAUCGAGUUGUCAUACCAGAGACAGAGGAGGGUAGGAAAACUUCCCGUCGUUCCCUCGCGUUCUUUGCACAUCCUGACGAUGAUGCUGUGAUCACGUGUCUGGACGGAUCCAACAAGUAUCCACCAAUCACUGCCGGAGAAUACCUGAAACAGAAGCUGACAGCAACAUAUGAUGUCAACUAAUUAAGGCCCCUUCACACGAGAGCAAUUUUUGUGCCCGUUAUUUGGGUUGGCCCGAAAAUGUUUAGUAUGCCAAGGGUGUUUACUUUUGACAUGCUUAAAACUUUCGAAUUUGAUUUGAAGUAGAGAAAUAUCGAACGACAGUCAAAGGAUGUUCAAAGUGUAUUUUAGCUAUUCAAACUGCAUUAUGACCGCAUUUUAGGGCAUUCCAACAUUAUUCAGAACGUUCUUAUCUCAUUCAAGCCACUUCGAAUCCUGUCAGAAUGUGGCCAAUAGAAUAUCUGGAAUGCAAUGAGAAUUUCUAGAUAAAACAUCGAAUUCCCAGGAAUAGGAAAGAAUUUUCAUACUGACGGCAUUUUGGCUCAUUCCUUCUCGUGUGAAGGGAAUUAAGGUCCAUUUGGAAUUCCCACCCGAAUGGCCCAGAAUGUGGCACGAAUUUUGCAAAUACUUCAUUCCGUCUGGGGUUCUGCUUGAUCCCUGCUAAUUCAGUUUUAGUGUGAAGGCCCUAUAAUAGAUAACUGACAACAUGUGAUACUGAUCAUGCAGAUAUAUAGCAUUUUUCAAUGUUUAAAAACAUAACCAAGUCAGCCUAUAACAGACUCAGUUUACACUACAGUGUUGACCUUCCUUGCACUUAGUCCACUUCUUGUCUGUGUAGCUCCUGAGUAGUAUUAAUAAUAGAUUCACCAGAUUGCGCUAGGUCGUCAAUCGGUUAUAUCAGCAUCCAGAUUAUGCCUUUCUAUAUUGAUGGUCUGUAUUUUAUAUGUUUUUACUUAGAAUUUAUUGUAUUGUAUGUGCUGAUGUAAUUUUUAUGUGAG